AUGAUCUGGUUCCUGUUCCCGAAAACGUCUUUUCGGCGUCCCAAAAUUUUUCCUUUUCGACUGAGGAGGCUGUGGGUGUCAGGGCGACUCCUUGGCCACGCCCACCACGCCCUCGAGGGGGACAAGGAGGAAGUCCGCCGCCGCCCCGCUCGCGCACGUCCGCAGUUCCCGACGUCCCCCCCGCAACUGUUGACAAUCCGGGAACCUGCGAGUGACGCUACCUGUCUCAGCUUCCGGACCGCCACGUACCAGCAUCUCCCACCCGAAUCUGAAGGACGUAACCGAGUGAUCUCACUUUCCUCCCGACCCGCAGGAGUGGCAGAACGCCUGACGAGGGCCGUCCCUGGCACCUCCUUCUUCCUCUUCGGCUCCGGGGAUCCUGCGGGACGGGGGCUGGUGGCGAGGAGGAAGGAGGUAGGAUGGUUCCGGCGACCUGUGACCUACCACGCCCUCGUGCAUGACCUCGGAGGAACGCCCACGGAGAGAUAUGGGCUCACGGGUGUUGGCGCCAUUCCCUUCAUGAUGAACGUGAACGUGACCCUCGACUCAGCGGACGUGGCACUCGGGCGCCGCGUGGCCAGCGCCCUGAGGGCCACCACCCAAGGGGGGCUGCCAGGAGUGCAGUCCAUGGCCUUCCCACACGAGGGCCGAGUGGAGGUUGCAUGCAAUGUUGACCUGCUGCCUGCAAGUGAGGCGCCUGCAAACCAUUCGAUGAAACCCUCCCUGGGUGGGCGGUACUUCUACACGCCCCCAGAGCAGAUCGAGGCGCGUGUGGUCUCGGAGGCGGGCGGCGUGGGCGUGGUCGGCACGGCGCUGGUUGGAUUCAGCCCAGAGGAGGCGCGUGGGCUGGCUCUGCACGCCCUCGCUCACGCCCACGACGAGGCUUGGAGGAACGUCGGAUGGAGCAGGAGGAUGUGACUCUAACUCUCUUCUGGGGGAGGAUGUGGCGGUGUCUUCUCUCUCUCUCUCUCUCUCUCUCUCUCUCUCUCUCUCUCUCUCUCUCUCUCUCUCUCUCUCUCUCUCUCUCUCUCUCUCUCUCUCCCUCUUUCUC